ACGAAAUGUUAACAUCGUAAAAUAGGUUAUAUCGCCUCGACGUCACGCUUACUGAAGGACAACGGAUCCGUUCAGCGAAGAAUGAAGUUCAUGAGCGUGACGUAAGCCGCGCGCAAGCGAACUCAUUAAUAUUAUUGCACAGUAGACAUUCAUACAUAAAAAAUCACUUAUCGCAGGUUUUAUAUUAAGUAAGACUCACUUUACAUUGUUUCAUUGCAUCAUUGGUUUUAUUACGUUUGCAAACCUGUGCAUUAUACUUUCUUGCAUUUGUAAAUAAAAUAUUAAUCACUUAUAGGAAACGAAGCGUUACUGUAGAGACUCAUCAUGGUGGCUGUAGGGAAGCAUGCUGAGGCUUCUGGCGUCAUACGAAGAGAGAUGAAAAAUAUGUUUACCGUGUGGUCCACCGUUAAACCGCAGAAAGCUAUCUUUACCUGCGUCCUUUUCCAAAGACAAUUUCUGCGGACAAUUGCUCAUAAAAUAAAAAAGCCUGGAGGUGACAUGAACAAUGAAACGCCAUAUCGAGAAAACAUUGGAGAGAAAAAUUGGAUUCAGCCUGAGAGAGUCCGCGUCGAUGAAGCAUCAAAGUCCGUCUAGCGGCGUCGGAAGGCGAUCACCAUUUUUGGCUCGACAUCGCCGAGAGCGGAGCAAGCAGCGCGGAAAUGGGAAGAGCGUCGGGUUGCUUUAUAGUUCGAAUCCCAAGAGUGGCAGCUUCCCUCUUCGAGAGGCGUCGCGACGCAUGUUCCCGUCCCGAUGAGUCUCACCGGAUGAGGGAUGCGAUUCCGCAGAAGGGAAGUAACAACAUAGCCACCCCCAAAUCCAAACCGUCCUUGGAACUAUAUCGACCCCCAGGUGGGAGAGCGGAAGGAACCACGGCGAACGUCACCAAUCUUCGAUUAAACGUGCAUGCCAAAGAAUUCACGAUGAAGCAAAACGAUACGCAUCCUUCCAAGUCUCGGAACAAUGCAUCAGAACGCUAUUACCUACAGCACAGCAAGUCUAGCGGCAAUGUUCAUCGGUAUCUCUAUGCUCAGCAGCAACAGUUGCAACAUACUCUGCAACAACAGCAACACCAACUUCCGUCCCGUCAUUCUCAAAGUAGCCAUCAUUCGAAUUCCACGUUACGUCAAACCCAUCCUCUGGACACGUCCGCGUCCAGCGGAAACAUUUUACACGCUGCAAAUCGAGUGCACUUCAACGUGGAAAACGAAGUUAAGAAUAAUCUCGCGAAACCGGGCAAACUUACCAAAUCGCACACGUUUGUAUCAACCUACGGUCUGAAACGAUCAAAGAGCAUGAACUCGGCGGACGUGCUGGCUGCCAAGGCGCUCAAUAUCGCCGAGGCUUCCGAACUCGGGAAAUUUCCCUUGCCUAUUCAAGAUAUACUUUUGCGAGCGAUAGAAGACCCGAAUCUUUUAAAUGCGAGGACAUUGAUGGAACUGGUGCGACAUAUUCUAGAGAGGGUGGUGGAGGAUCGCAAAUAUGCCGAGCCGGCGGCUAAAAUUUGCAUCACAAUCAUAGAGAAAGAAACGAAGGAAACUUUUCUGGAAUCCUUGCUAAACAUGUGUCAACAAUGGUACCAAGACCGUACUCGAUUAUUACACGACGGUACCACUUAUCACCGAUACUCAGCGUUCAUGACAUUUCUUAACGAGAUGUAUUGCCAGCUGAAGCGACGGCAGCUACAGCUGAAAACGCAGCAGGAGGGCGUUCCACCCGGACGUGUACUCCUCACGCUGCUGUGGAAGUGUUGCCAGGAUUGUUUGCAACCACCCGUCAUCAACUCACUUGCCGAGACCAACUGCCUGUUCUUCAUCCUUACGUGCAUCGGUAAGGAUUUGGACGCGGAGCUACCCGCGCAGUUGCAGCAACUACUUGGCAGCGUGCGGGACGCCUUCCUGGCAGAGGAGACGACGACGCUACCACCGGUGAAAAGAACACUCUUGCAGCUGAUCGAGCUUCAUGCGGCGCAUUGGCAGCUACCAGCGCCGGCAGUGGUUUACUAUUACCCCUCGAACUCGAAUUCCAAGUGACCGCUGUCCAGUGCGCUCGCGGUCUCUCCGUCCGUCUCUCCAGAACACGCGCGAGUGAACGUACACAUACGAAUAUAUCUUAUUUAAUAAGUAUUUAUACUGAACCGAGAGAAAUAGAGAGAGAGAGAGAGAGAGAGAGAGAGAGAAAGGUCUUUUCUAAACGAAGGAGACAUGGGUGCGCGACAAACGAAAGCACAAACGAUGACACGAUGUACGAAUCGAUUUUCGAUUCUCAACGAAACACGAACGAUUCGCGAGAAUUUCGAUUCUCCUCCACUGAUAUUUUCGUUCGAAGGUUCCCCAUUUAAUAGGCGCGAACAGUGCUACGAGUAAACAAGUUUUUUUGCAUAGACCUCUUAAGUAUUUUUGCGAAAUCGUUAUAAUGAUUAACAUUCGAUGAUAAAUAACAAGGUCGGGGAAUUCCAGCAAACACUGUGUUGCAAUUCCUCGACCGUUCAGCCUCGAGUCCGUGAAAAGUCCUGUCGGCGAGCCGGCUUUAUCACGAAGAAAAGAAGAGGGUGAAGGACCUCGGCGUUUCCGAAACGAUGAAGAGACGUUGAUAUAAACGCGCCGUAGGACGCGUGCUGUAGCAACGCUCGUGCGAUCUCCUUUUCCGAAUGCGAUUCCUUCUGCCGAUCCGUGCCAAGGGCGAUAAAAGAUCGACCGGUAGCCGGGUAGACGCGAUUUCUCCCCGGGUUGAGUCAUAAAUGCGAGCGAGCCGCCGAAUUGGACGAAUCUCUCGACGGUCUGAACCGCGACGGAGCAACGUAUCGCCGAAUCUUCCCGAUGAGUAAAGGCAGAAGACGCAUCCGAUUGAGACAUCCGUAGAUUACGACAGUGCUUGCAGAGCGUCAGAGAGCUGGGACGUAAAUCUGCAGUUUCGAAAUGAAUAGCCGCGAGCGCGAACUACAGCUAUUAAUUAUGCUGUAAUUAUCCCGAAUAGGAAUUACCCCAGACAAUGCGAUCAGUAGAAGUUAUGUAGCCCCUUUAAGAAGCUAUAAAGGAAGCUAUGAUUCUUUCCAGCGUACUUCACUGUUGUUUAGACUUCUUUUGGACUUUUGUAUCAUUUGCACGCGGUACUAGUCGACGAUCAGGUACAAUGUAUACCAUUAUCGAUGCAAAUAUAAAAACCAAUCAAUUUCU